GAAGCAAAUGAGUUCAGCACCAAACAUUUAUCCGAAGGCAAAAAGGAAAACAAGAGACAAUUAGAACACUUAAUCAAAAAUAAAGUCAAAUUUGCUCUCAAGUUUGAACCAGCCAAAAAGGCUUUUUAUCAACUAGUUUUCCAAAAAAUAAAAAACCAAGUUAACCAUUUAAAAAGCCAACUUGGCACUAUUCAAAACCAAUUAUCUCACCAAGAACGGAUAUUCGCUCGCAUAGAAGUCCGUCGUCAAGGCCGCAAACUUUUAACUUGCGAAUAUAAAAACCGUCUUGGUUGCCUAGCAGUUGAAUUAAAAUUUCAAGGAACUUUUAAUAAGUCUGAUUAUUUACAAGAAUUUUCCUGCGGCAUUUGUCAGCAAUAUAUUACGGAGCAGGAUAUUUGUCAGAGCAAUUAUCGCCUUUAUGUGAGUGAUUAUGCUAAUGAAGUUGAAAAAGAUGAGUUUUUUUCUGAGCGGUUAGGCAACAUCACUACCCAACAAGGUCACGCUAAUAUUGGCAACGUUGCUGAAGAUAAUGCUAACUUUGGUUAUAGCGUUACUACUAUUACUCCCCAACCAGAAAAUAUUUCCCAGCAACCCAAUGAACCAGUAAACCAGGAUCAACAAAUAAAUCUGGAAGAACAAGGCUUAGCCAGUGUGGAAGAAUCAAUUUCUGUCCUCCUCGUCAGCAUUAUAGCAAUAAAAAUAACUGAGGCUACUGAACGAGCCAAAAGAAAAAUCAAGGUCAAUAUAGACUCCAUUACUGAUAGCAAAAAAAGACGCACUUUUCGUGAUUAUUUUGGUGGUAGUUUGCCACUAACUAGAACUCAGCAAAAAAAACUACAAAACCUAAAAAGAGGCGAAGGCAAACUCUAUCAUAUAUUAAAGAGAAAAGGAAUUAAUCUGGAUGAAGAAGGACUAAGAAAUAGUGCUACAAUUGCUGGAGCGGCAUUGUCAUUUUUUAUUCCACCGGUAGGAAUUCCCUUAGCCAUAGGUGGAGCAGCAACAUCCUUAGGAACUUCUUUUUCUCAGUGA